AUGGCCAAGCAGAUCCGUAACUGCUACGUGCAUAAAAAGUACAAUCGAUGGUGGCGAUAUCUUCCUCGACGUCAAGAUGGCAAAAGGGAAUAUGACUUCGAGAAGAAUGAGGCUUUGCCCGAAAAUUUCGAAGAGAAAAUGGAUGGAGAACCCCCAAAACUUUGGGUUGCUUGGCUCUACCGAAGUCCGCAGGCUGAACCGAAAUGGACUCAGGCAAGGUAAGAGGUUUAUCUUUUGUGUUUUUUAUGGUUUAGGCUCAUGAAUAAUAUCCGAGAAAUAUUGUGAUGUGAAAUUGAGGGUUGAAAUUUUGUUUCUAAACCUUUCUAAAGUGAAUCGAAAGGCUUUGAUAAUUAUUUUGGCUAUUUUUUGGUUAUUGUAUUAUACUAGACUAAAGUAAUUCCAAUUUCAGAGUAAAAACCUUGUUUGGCGAAAACUUUGAGCCCGGAAAGAUGACGAUAUUCCGCAACACAGCCGAUGUGAACUUGGAAUUGUGGAAAAUCAAGCACUUGAUCGAUUUGAAGCCUCUUACUUUUCCUAAUGGCGAACCGACCGAAGCUGAUAUUCCGCAUCUUACGGUCAACGCUGAUGGGCAGGUAAUAAUCAACAGGGAGGCCAGGACAAAUGAUCUUCCACUUAUUGACGAGAAGAAGGGCUUCCACGAAGGUUAUUUGAGGGGAUUUUACACCAAAAGAUUCAAUUCCUUGAAGGAUGUAUAUCCUGAUACUGUAUAUAACCCGUCUAAGAUUACUAUCAUGGAUUAG